UCAACAUGGUGGGUUUGAGUUCUAAGAGCUAUGAGCUUCUAUCAAAGAUUGCAACAAAUGAGAAACAUGGAGAGAACUCUCCUUACUUUGAUGGAUGGAAAGCUUAUGAUAGAGAUCCAUAUCACCCUACAAAAAACCCUCAAGGUGUUAUUCAAAUGGGUCUUGCUGAAAACCAGCUAUGCUUUGAUCUCAUUGAAGAGUGGUUAAAGAAGAAUCCCAAGGCUUCCAUUUGCACUCCUGAAGGACUUCAUCAAUUCAGAGAUAUUGCCAACUUUCAAGACUAUCAUGGAUUACCACAGUUCACAAGUGCUGUGGCAAAGUUUAUGUCAAAAGUGAGAGGUGGUAGGGUCAAGUUUGAUCCAAACCGUAUAUUGAUGAGUGGAGGGGCAACAGGUGCAAAUGAAUUAAUCAUGUUCUGCUUAGCUGAUCCUGGAGAUGCUUUUCUUGUUCCUACCCCUUAUUAUGCAGCAUAUCCGCGGGAUUUGUGUUGGCGAACCGGAUUACGGUUGAUUCCGGUUCAUUGUGAUAGCUCCAACAAUUUCAAGAUCACAAGAGAAGCUCUUGAAUCAUCAUACAAAAAAGCCAAAGAUGAUAACAUCAAUGUGAAGGGUUUGAUCAUAACAAACCCUUCAAACCCUUUGGGAACAUCUUUAGACCGUGACACAUUGAAGAGCCUAGUGAAUUUCACCAAUGAUAACAACAUACAUUUGGUGUGUGAUGAAAUCUAUUCAGCCACGGUUUUCGAUUCCCCACGGUUUGUAAGUGUUGCCGAAAUCAUUGAAGAAAUGGAUGACUCAUCAUGCAAAAAAGAACUUAUUCACAUAGUUUAUAGCCUAUCCAAGGACAUGGGAUUCCCCGGAUUUAGGGUUGGGAUAGUUUAUUCGUACAACGAUAUAGUCGUAAAUUGCGGUCGCAAAAUGUCGAGUUUUGGAUUAGUCUCUUCCCAGACUCAACAUAUGCUGGCCGCAAUGCUUUCAGACGACGAAUUUGUGGAUAAUUUUCUUAAGGAAAGUUCUAGAAGACUGGCGAAACGGCACGAGUACUUCUCAAAGGGGCUAGAAGAAGUUAACAUCAAAAGGUUUCCGAGCAAUGCCGGAUUAUUCUAUUGGAUGAAUCUGAGUUCAUUGUUGAAAGAACAAAGCUUUGAAGCCGAAAUGGCGCUAUGGCGCGUGAUUAUCAACGAAGUGAAACUCAAUGUUUCUCCGGGAUCAUCUUUCAAUUGCUUGGAACCAGGUUGGUUUAGGGUUUGUUUUGCAAACAUGGAUGAUGAAACGGUUGAAGUUGCACUGAAUAGAAUAAGAGCAUUUGUGAUUGGGAAAGAGAAAACAACAAAGAAUAAUAAUAAUAGGGCAAAGAAAAACAACAACGUUGUUGAAGUGAAAAAACGUUGGCAACAGAAUCUUAGGUUAAGUUUCUCUUCAUCAAGAUUGUUGGAUCAUCAUGAAACUGUUAUGUCACCUCACAUUUUGUCUCCACAUUCACCAAUUCCAGCUUCAUCACCACUUGUUCAAGCAACAUAA